GGCCAUACCUGGUUUAUGCCGUGGCUAUAUGCAUGAUAGCCACAAAUGUAGCAGCUAAUUAUGACAAGCCUUAUGUUCAUUCAUCUCCACCACUACCUCCAUCUUCAUACCUACCACCCUAUUUCUACAGGUCAUCCGCUCCGCCGCAUUAUCGUCACCAAACACCGCCUUACUACAAGAAAUCACCACCUCCUCCAUCACCAUCAUCCCCACUUCCCUAUGUUUACAAAUCUCCACCACCACCACCUCCCUCACCUCCCCCUCCUUAUGUCUACAAGUCACCAUCACCUCCUUCUCCAUCCCCGCCUCCUCCUUACAUUUAUAAAUCACCACCACCACCCUCACCAUCACCUCCUCCUCCUUAUGUGUACAAAUCUCCACCAUCACCCUCAACAUCACCUCCUCCUCCAUAUGUAUACAAGUCACCACCUCCACCUUCUCCAUCACCUCCCCCUCCUUAUGUCUACAACUCACCACCUCCUGCUUCACUGUCCCCACCUCCGCCUUACAUUUAUAAGUCCCCACCACCAACUUCGUCCUCACCUCCCCCUCCUUAUGUCUACAAGUCACCACCACCUCCUUCUCCAUCACCCCCACCUCCCUAUGUUUACAAGUCCCCACCACCACCUUCACCCUCACCUCCCCCUCCUUAUGUCUACAAGUCACCACCACCCCCUUCUCCAUCACCCCCACCUCCCUAUUUUUACAAGUCCCCACCACCACCUUCACCCUCACCUCCCCCUCCUUAUGUUUACAAGUCACCACUACCUCCUUCUCCAUCACCCCCACCCCCCUAUGUUUACAAGUCCCCACCACCACCAUCUCCCUCACCUCCCCCUCCUUAUGUUUACAAGUCACCACCACCUCCUUCUCCAUCCCCUCCUCCUCCAUACAUUUAUAAAUCACCACCACCUCCCUCCCCAUCACCUCCUCCACCAUAUGUUUACAAGUCACCACCACUUCCUUCCCCGUCCCCACCUCCUCCAUACAUUUAUAAAUCACCACCACCUCCUUCCCCAUCACCUCCUCCACCUUCUAUCUACAAGUCACCACCACCGCCUUCACCAUCCCCACCUCCUCCUUACAUUUACAAAUCACCACCACCUCCUUCUGCGUCCCCAUCUCCUCCAUACAUUUAUAAAACACCACCACCUCCUUCCCCAUCACCUCCUCCACCUUAUAUCUACAAGUCACCACCUCCUCCUUCUCCAUCCCCACCUCCUCCUUACAUUUAUAAAUCACCACCACCAAGCUCACCAUCACCUCCUCCACCAUACAUUUACAAGUCACCUCCUCCUCCAUCCCCAUCACCUCCACCACCCUACAUCUACAAGUCACCACCACCACCGUCUCCAUCACCUCCUCCUCCAUAUGUAUAUAAAUCACCACCACCACCACCACCUUCUCCUUCACCCCCACCUCCCUAUAUUUACAAGUCACCACCACCCCUAUCUCCUUCACCCCCACCUCCUUAUGUUUACAAGUCACCACCACCCCCAUAUCCAUCACCUCCUCCCACAUUCCCAUCACCACCUCCUCCUUAUUUCUAUAAGUCACCACCUCCACCAUCUCCCUCGCCACCACCGUAUUAUUACGCGUCUCCUCCACCACCCACUCAUAAAUACUAAAAUUUUUGAAUUCCUAUUAUAUCUCUUCAUGUUCCAGAUUGGUAGCACAAAUAAUUUCUGCAAGAGAGAGCUUCACCUUGUACUUGUUUACUUGUGAUCAGUCUAAAGUGCGGCCCGAAAACUUGUUGAGAAUAAGUGGAUUAGCAUGGACGUUGUCUUUUUCAGCUUUCUUGCAAUUUAUACUUUUUAUUUUUUAUUUUUUAAUUUGUCAUACACUAGAUAUAUGUUGCUUGUGAGUUCAUUAUUGGUUACAUAUGCUGA